UUUCCUUUGCGUUCCCGACUCCUUGCUCCUUCUUCUCUUCCAACAUUGCUCUGCAACUUUUUUCCUCUCUUAUUUUUCCGUACUAUAUUUUUUUGCUUUUAUCCUUCCCGCAUAUUACAUUUUCCUUAUAACCUCUCAAUUAUGCAUUUCCCAACCAUCUCCAGCGUUAUUUUCCUUCUCUCCACCAGCUCAUCCCUCGCCGCACCUUUUUCCUUUGUUUUUGGCCAUGGAUUAAUCGACCCAUUGACAGGCUCAGGCCAGCGCACCCAGGGCGAGAGCUCGAUGGAUGCCAUGGGGAACUCGUUCCUGCGUGUCGACCAGGAUACGCGCGUGGUUGGCCAGCGCGUGGUUGGCCUUGUUCAGAACUCCGUCGAUGCGCCGAAUGGCCCGGCAAUUGAGGGUAAUGGAAUUGCAGCGGUUUUUGUCGAGUAAAC